CGUGACAAACCACGACCUUGGGGAAUUCUAGCCGUGCAAGCAAUUCUAAAUUUCUCAGUGCUCAGCGCUGAGCCAGCCCUCUCAUUGACAAAGUCUUACUUCCAUGAUUCCGGCAAUAGGUCUCUAAAAUGGACCAAUCCGUCCUUGUUUAUUCAUUCACUGCUCUGGCCGUAUUGUUACCAUGUCUCUAUCUAGCUCUCAUCUUGCUUUCGCCUCCCCCAAUAAUAACCCGACCCUCAGAAAAGACAUACCGCUCACAAAAAUCCCUCAAAGAUCCUCUCAGCCUCCCAUCUCUCGCCGAUGCAGGCUCCAUUGAUCUCAGCGUCAUCAUUCCCGCAUACAACGAGACAGCCCGUCUUCCGUCCAUGCUCGAAACGACACUUGAUCACCUAAACUCUGCUUCCAUCCGCCACACGCGCACAUACGAGCUCAUCAUCAUUGACGACGGUUCAAAAGAUGACACGUCCGCCCUCGCGCUAAAAUUGGCACAGCAACACCUCAACAGCGAUAUUCGGGUUGUCACCCUCGAAAAGAACCUUGGCAAGGGUGGUGCGGUACGUCAUGGAAUGCUACAUGCACGCGGAAACAGGUUGUUGAUGGUGGAUGCGGAUGGUGCGAGUCGCUUUGAGGACUUGGAGCUGCUGUGGAGGAAGAUGGACGAACUGGGGCCGAAGAAUGAGCCGACGGUGGUCGUCGGCAGUCGAGCGCACCUCGUCAAGACCGAAGCUGUGGUCAAGCGCUCUGUACUCCGCAACAUUCUCAUGUACGGCUUGCACACCAUCCUACGUAUAGUGGGUGUGGGGCAUAUUCGUGACACCCAGUGCGGAUUCAAACUAUUCUCGCGCUGCGCUGCACAGAAGAUUUUUCCUGCACAGCAUCUUGCCACUUGGAUAUUCGACGUUGAGCUACUCUUGCUUGCGAAGCAGCUGGGUAUACCUGUUGCAGAAGUCUCCGUACAAUGGCAUGAGGUGGCGGGGAGCAAACUGAAUGUUGUCAAGGACUCGCUACAAAUGCUUAGGGACCUGCUCGUUCUCCGCGCUAACCAGCUCACUGGACGAUGGAAAGUAACACCAUGAUGAUAUACCAGAGCCAUACCAGUCAUAGAAAAGUAGAUUGUUGAUGCGCAUGGCGAAUGUGCUCUCACCAGCUCUGCAGGCACAACUUGGAAUAUAUCAUGACUGUACAUAGAGCAACAUUGAUUAUUGUAAUUAUAGCAUCACAUGUGCCAUCGUGAGCGGUUUAUAUGCAUGCUCUGGAGAUUAAGCUGGAAUAUUAGAACCGACGAGCGUGCGCAAUGAUUUGGGUAUAGCACGGCAAAUCCGAAC